GCUUCCCUCGUAUCUCUCUCUCUUUCUCUCGUAGUGUUUCUUCUUCGGUGAUUGUGUCUCUAGCUGCGGCGAUUUCUCCCUCUCAUCGACUCACCGUGAGUCCAUUACCAACUCGAAAUUCAUGCUCCCGACUUGUUGAGCUCUCGGUGGAACUUCGCAGCAUUGGAUUUGGCGCUCUGUGGAGGAUUCUUUCUUCAUUACACUGGCCGAACGUGUCUAGUGACUUUCAAUCAAAAUGGCUUCCAACGGAAACAAUUCACACGACUUCGAGUUUGUGAGCGCUAACGUUCCAAAUGGUCUUUCUAAAAUCAACACCAAACCUACGGACCCGGAAAUGUGCAAGGACGAUACUGCUUCCACAGUAAAGGUGUCGAACCUUGACGAGCUGCACGCUUUGCAAAGGAAGAAAGCGUCAGCCCCGACCACGCCACGGAACGCCACAAACCCAUCUACGCCCAAGUCUGCGACUCCUCGUGCCUACGUAUCGGAAGAGGAGCGUCAGAAGCAGCAGAUGCAAUCUGUGAGUGCAUCUUUGGCUUCUCUGACUCGUCAAAGCGGACCCCAAGUCAUCAAGGGCGAACCAGGAAGAAAGAAAUCUCCUCCAAAGACUGUGGCCGCCCCCAAGCUGGACAUUAGUGAUAGCGCCCUGAAGUUCACACACGUCCUGUACAAUUUAUCUCCUCCCGAGCUGUACGAGCAAGCUAUCAAAUAUGAGAAGGGUUCUUUCAUCGCCUCGACCGGAGCUCUUGCCACACUCUCUGGAGCUAAGACUGGGCGGUCUCCUAAGGACAAACGUGUGGUGAAGGAAGAGACCUCAAAGGAUGAUCUUUGGUGGGGAAAGGGUUCUCCAAACAUUGAAAUGGAUGAGGAGACAUUCUUGGUUAAUCGUGAGAGGGCUGUUGACUACCUGAACUCAUUAGAGAAGGUCUUUGUAAACGACCAGUUCUUGAACUGGGAUCCUCAGAACCGGAUCAAAGUCCGGAUCAUUUCUGCUCGUGCUUAUCACUCACUCUUCAUGCAUAAUAUGUGCAUUCGUCCCACACCCGAGGAGCUCGAGGACUUUGGAACCCCCGACUUCACAAUUUACAAUGCCGGUCAAUUUCCUUGCAACCGAUACACCCACUACAUGUCAUCGUCAACAAGCAUAGAUAUCAACCUGAAACGCAAAGAAAUGGUGAUUUUGGGGACACAAUAUGCUGGAGAGAUGAAGAAGGGUCUUUUCAGCCUCAUGCACUACUUGAUGCCCAAAAGAGGGAUUUUGUCGUUGCAUUCUGGCUGCAACAUGGGAAAAGCAGGGGAUGUUGCCUUGUUUUUUGGAUUGUCAGGAACCGGGAAGACGACUCUGUCCACUGAUCCCAACCGACAACUUAUUGGUGAUGAUGAGCAUUGCUGGAGUGACAACGGAGUUUCAAAUAUUGAGGGAGGAUGCUACGCUAAGUGCAUAGACCUUUCCAAGGAAAAGGAACCAGAAAUUUGGAAUGCAAUCAAGUUUGGAACAGUGCUCGAAAAUGUGGUUUUUGAGGAGCAUUACCGAGACGUUGAUUACAGCGACAAAUCUGUGACUGAGAACACAAGGGCUGCAUACCCUAUUGAGUACAUCCCCAAUGUUAGGUUGCCAUGCGUUGGACCUCAUCCGAAGAACAUCAUCUUGCUAUCGUGUGAUGCUUUUGGUGUCUUGCCACCUGUGAGCAAGUUGACGCAUUCGCAAACCAUGUAUCACUUCAUCAGCGGUUACACUGCUUUGGUUGCGGGAACUGUGGAUGGUGUGAAAGAGCCUACGGCUACAUUUUCAGCAUGCUUUGGAGCUGCUUUCAUUAUGCUGCACCCCACUAAGUAUGCUGCCAUGUUAGCAGAGAAGAUGCAGCAACAUGGAGCCACUGCAUGGUUGGUCAACACCGGCUGGUCUGGCGGCAGCUAUGGUAUCGGAUCAAGGAUGAAACUCGCAUACACGAGGAAGAUCAUCAAUGCAAUCCACGACGGGACAUUGUUGAACGCUAACUAUGUGCAAACUCCUAUCUUCAACCUGUCUGUGCCAACUGAGGUCAACGGAGUCCCAAGUGAAAUUUUGCAGCCACAGAAUGCGUGGGCGGACAAGAAGCAAUACGAUGCUACGUUGAAGAAGCUUGCAGGUCUCUUCCAGAGGAACUUUGAGGUUUAUGCUGAUUACCAAGUUGGCGGAAACAGCCAGCUUACGAAGCAGAUUCUUGCAGCUGGUCCUGUUUUGCAGUAGAGAUGCCAUACGGCUAGAUAUGCCGAAUGGUUUAGAGAUCGGACGGAAGUCUGCAAGCUCGUCUGGAGGAUUGUCUUCUUUACCGGUAGAGUUCUGAAUUCAGUUCAAGGUGGAUGACUAACAUCUAGAGUAGAUAAAGUGAAGGUGGAUUGAACCCCUGGGACUAUAUUCUUACUGCCUGGGUUAAGCAAGGCUUAGGCAGCAACUUUUCAUAGAGACUCUGUUCAUAGUCUAACUUAAUUCUUGUGUAUACCCGAUCUUUUGAUCUAAUAAGACAACUGCAAAUUUAAUGUGACAAUUUUCCCACUUUUUCGCCA